AAUUCGUUUACGUACACCUAAUUUCAAUGGCAUAUUGCGCGUUUUCAGAGUAUUGGUGUAUUGUUUAAGAAUAGAUGGAGACGGAAAGUCAUGGAGAAAAAUUUAGAAAAACAGUUAGAUGAAACUUUCCGAAUACCGGGUGUGACAGGCGUUCUGUGUACUGACAAAAAUGGUCUGUGUUUAGCAGCAAAAGGCACAGCAAAAAAGCAGACAUCAGGUCCAAUUUCUGCCCUUGCUAGACAAGCAAAAGAUGUGAGCUCACAGGCAGGAACAAGUCCUGUUGUCUGUAUUGAAUCAGAAACAGGGAGCGUGCUCAUAAAAAGUGAAGAUGGAUUGACCGUAGCUGUAUUCAAGGCAUCUUGAUGCUGACCACUGUUUUUCCUUGUUGAUUAUUAUUAACUGUUAAUGGUGAUACAACAAUACCUAUUACAAUAAAUUAUAAAAUGCUUUGAUCCUGUCUGCCUCAUGCCAUCCUGUUCACCAUCCUAUUUCUAAACACCUUAAAAUUCCUAAUUCCCAUAACAUUUCAGCCCUAAAUCACAUCACCAUCUCAUUCCUAACCCACAUCACAAUCCUUGUUCUAAUCCCCCUUCAUCCCAUUCUUAAUCCACAUUGUCCUAUUUCUAAUCCCCUCAAUCCCAUCCCUAAUCCACAUCACCAUCCUAUUUCUAAUCCCCUUAAUCCCAUUCCUAAUCCACAUUGUUCUAUUUCUAAUCCCUUCAUCUCAUUCCUAAUCCACAUCACCAUCCUUUAUCCAAUCCCAUUCCUAAUGCACAUCACCAUCCUUUUUUUAAUCCCCUUCAUCCCAUUGCAAAUCCACUUCACUUUUUCAUUUAUGAUCUUAUUUACCAUCGCAUUCCUAAUCCAUGUCUUGUACUAUUCUGAAUGCUAUUCCAUCGCAUUCCUAAUCCCUGUCACAUGAAGUAAUUGAGAAUUGUGAAAAAUGAUGACAUGAGGAGGUGUAUUUGGUUACUUACAAUUUUAUUAUGUACAUCUGAUUGUACAAGUGUAUUUAGCUGUGUAAUACUGUAAAAAAGAUUCAAUCAAAUGAUGAGAUAAUAAAAUAUAUAUUCAUCACAUCA